AUAACAACUGCUGCAUGCAUGAUAUUUUGCGACAUUGCAGACGAAAACAUGGCUCCCUCUCAAAGUCAAAUUGUUACUUUCGCCGCUGGAUCGGCUCUUUUUGUCGGGAUAAUAUAUACAAUCUACCUGGUCAGAAGCAGAAAAGACAAGCGUCAAGAUUCAGCUUCAUCAAAGAAAAACGGUGAUACUCAAGAAUCUAAAUAUGCCAAUUCAGAGCCAUUCACUCAAGAUGCUGAAGAUGCCAAUGCAGAGCCAGACAUAAAACAAAAAGACCCAAACCUUGCUUCGACCUCUCAGUCAGCAGGAAAAGUGCAGACACUAAGAUCUGAAAGUUUUGUAGCCCCGUCAGAUGAUGAAGUGGGUGAUUCACCAUUGCCUGAUAAAGAGGGCCUUACUGUGUCAGCUUCAUGGGCCAUCCUUCACAGUUCAAAUCAAAGCAGCCCGCAGCUGUCCCCUGUUAACAGUGAGGCCAGCAUUGUUGAUGGAGCUGGGGACGGUAACUGUAUCUCUCUCAAUGGGGUAGAUGAUGAUAGUUUUAAUGAUGCAGGUGAUGAUACACAUACCAACACAAUGCUAGAAGGACAAGGUGAUCAAUGUACUGUCCUUGAAGAACAAGGUGAUCAAAGUUCUGUCCUUGCAGAGAAAGGAGAUCAAAGUUCUUUCCUUGAAGAGAAAGGAGAUCAAAGUUCUGUCCUUGAAGAGAAAGGAGAUCAAAGUUCUGUCCUUGAAAGACACGGAAAUCAAAGUGCUGUCCUUAAAGAACAAGGUGAUCAAAGUUCUGUCCUUGAAGAGAAAGGUGAUCAAAGUUCUGUCCUCGAAGCACAAGAUGAUCAAAGUUCUGCCCUUGAAGAGAAAGGUGAUCAAAGUUCUGUCCUUGAAGAGAACGGUGAUCAAAGUUCUGCCCUUGAAGAGAGAGGUCGUAUGCAGCGACAAUUGUCAAUGACCUCAUAUGAAGUGUCUCAUGUCGAGAACAUCACUGUGGAAUACGAGGAACUUCUGAGAGAACACCGGGAGUCUGAGAGUCAAACAUUUACUCGCGAAGAAAUCACAGAAGCUCUAUUGGCAACCCAGAGUCCCGAGCUAGGCCUCACGGAGAGGAAUGCACAGGUUUUAACAGGGCUCCUGACCUUUAAGGACCUGCACCUUAAGUAUGCGGCGGUCCAGGGUAUUGCUAAGUGUGCAGCGUUCACCAACAAUCAAAAGUGGAUUAGUUCUAAUGUUUUGCGAGAGAAAGGUGUAAUCCCACGUCUCACCAAGCUGCUGGAGUUACAGCGAAUGUCUCUAUGGUUACGUCAUGACAACGCGGCCAGCGCGAUCUCUACUACCAUACAGGCUGUUACCAACAUGGCCAUUAAUCCUGUCAAUAAUGCUCAGAUGGAGGGCUGUGUACAAACACUAGUAGAUGUAACGCUAGACAGAGACACGGGUACGCCAAUCCGUCUAUCCUCCCUGCAGGCUCUUACCAACCUCUCGGCGGUGGAGAACCACCACACACACUACACGCGCGCCGUUCAGGGGCUGUAUGAUUAUCUCGCGCUGAAGGACACUGCGCUCAAGACGCAGGCUUUGAAGAUACUUGUGAAUCUCUCGUGUAAUCCUGAGAUGGUGCCUCACCUGCUGGCUGCUAAGGCCCCCGAAAAUCUCCCCCAAUUUAUUGAUGCUGAAUCGACUGAAGAAGGAAUACUGUUGAGGUUUGUCACCCUGCUGGCAAACAUUCUGCAAGUUGUACGUGACCGUAAUCUCAAAUCGUCUGAUCUUCCGUCGGUUGACAAAGCUGCCUCACCAGAGACCAUGUAUUCAGCACUUCUUGGAAUUGGUGCCAUGGCCAGGCUGAAAAACAAAAUGUUCUUGCUAUGCAAACAUUCUAACACUGAGAUCAGGCAACAGGCUGCAAAAGUGUACAACCAUUUGAAAUAAUGGUUGAUGUUCAGGGUAUUAAAAUGUGAUGUGAUGGAAUUGCACAUUGUAUAUAAGCAAUAACAGUUCUAGUGAAAAUUUUAGCAGUGUUCUCCGGAAGCACCGGCAACGGGCGAGUUUACUGGUUACUAACAAUCUUGGUGCCGGCUACUUUUGUGGAAAAAUCAAUUCAAAACAGCGCAAAAAACGCCUGUUUUAGUCCUUAAGUCAUAGGCUACUAUGAAAGUAUAACUGACUUCUCAAAUUUUUAUGGAGAACACUGAUUUUAGUGAUUUAAAUAAAUGUUUAGUAUGUAAUGUUGUAUGCUAGUUACUGCGGAUGGUUGACACCUGUCUCGUUUACGCAAUUAAGAAAAGAGAACUUUGUUGAUCGGUGAGUCUUUGAAAUUAUUUUGUUGUAAUGUGUUCUGACUUCAGUGUUGAUGACAGUAUUGAAUACAUUUGAUUGAAUACUGUGCAUGAAUAUAAAUUUUAGUGUGUAACCAAGUUAUUGUUAGUUAUUAAUUUAAAGAGACUUAUUUUCAUUUUUGUUGUCAAAACAUUUAUCAUAGGGGAUUGCUUGUUUUUGGGAAUUUCUAAAAUAAUGAUGCUAAUGUUCAAGAUAUCAAUGACAUACAAAAUGUAUUUUGUAGAAAUUAUUCUUUGUAGAUUAAAUUUUAGCUUAUAUCAAAUGUAAGGGAUGUUGAUUUCUUACACUGCAAGUCAGCAAUGAUUAUUGAUGUGAAAUAAGCUUCUGCAACUACCGGUAUACUAGUUACUGCAAAAUAAAAAAGGUAUAUAAAUCUUUUUUGUUUUUGUGUUACAUAAUUUGGGUUUAUAAAUCACGACUGAUAUUUAAUACUUAUAAAUAAAUUAGUACUGAUUGUUAGGUGAUGAUGGUUUAGAUUUAUAUCUAAAUUUAUAUUUUUUUAUUUUCAGUUCUAAAAUUUUAAAUAGAUAUCUAAUGAUGACAACAGAACACGGGAGAUUAACAGUAAAAUAAUUUUUAGAUUUUAUUUGCUGCUGCAUGUAUGUAACUAUUAUAUUUUUAUCAUAAGAAUACUGCCAAACUAAACUGUUCAUAGUGUUAUAGGAAAGUUUGUUAUGCUCCGGAACGAAAGAUCGGGGUAUAUUGUUUUUGGCCUGUCUGUCAUUCAUUGUGUAACUUUUGAAAUAUUGAACAUAGCAACUUGAUAUUUGGCAUGCAUGUGUAUCUCAUGGAGCUGCACAUUUUGAGUGGUAAAAGGUCAAGGUCAUCCUUCAAGGUCAAAGGUAAAAAAAAAUGAAAGCAGCCGAUAGGGGGCAUUGUGUUUCUGACAAACACAUCUCUUGUUAGUUUUCUUCUUAGCAUGAAGUACAGUAAAAUGUAUAGGUAUGUGUAUGGGUUUUGUAGAUAGUUAUUACAUACAAAGAGUAUGCAUCAUUAGCCAUGUUAAUUGUUCUAAUACAAAUGUAUUCACAUUAUAAAUUGUUAGAACUAAUAAGCACAACAAUCUGCUAAAUAUAUUAACAGAUUGGUUAUAGGACAGCGGUUUAAAGGUUAUUAACCUGAAGCACAAGUAAUGGUACCAAGAUAUGACUGCACAGCUUGUUAUAGAAAAAAAAGAAAAACACGCCCAAAACUUGACAAUUUGAAACUGAAAUUUACAAGCCAGGCCUAAGAAAUUUUAAAGAUUAAAGUUGUUAAAAGAAGUGUUUAAAUAAAAUAUGCAUAUUUUAGAAGUGUGACUUGUAAAUUGGAUGAGUGUCGAAAUGGUUAUUCAGCAUUGAUAACUGUAGAACUGUUUUUUGAGAGGUUGUAAUUGGGAAGUUCUGUGUGAAAGGUUGACAAUAAAAGGGAAUCCUACGUGAAAGGUUUCAAAAGAAUGUUAUGUGAAAGGUUUCAAAGGGAAUGUUCUGUGAAAUGUUGCACAUAAUAUAGGCAUGUUUUACUGGGUUUAGGCAUGCACAACAGUAACUAACAAAGUAUCAAUCAAGAGUCUUGAACAAAUCACAUGCUGAGUGUAAAACUGAAGUAUAUGGUUUAGUCUUCCUAUUUGAGAUAAGUAGUUAAACACUUAACCUUAGAAAUUGGGAAAAUCUCAUGGCUGGAAAAGAGUUGUAAAUAUAUGGAGACAAAUAGUCACCGAUGUUAAUGAUUAAUCAUUUUAUUGAAAACAAGAACACAAUAUUUGUUUUUAAACAUGAGUUUAUCCUACUAUUUUCUCAAUGUAUUUGUUAUACUAAAUGUCAUGUAUAUUUUCAGGAAUUAUUGUAUAAACUAAACCAAUGUAUGAUGCCUUUGAAUAAUCAAGAUUUGUUUAGAUGUGUAUUGAUUUAACAGUUUUCUGCUAUUUACUUAAGCGCAGUUGCAAUAAAACAAGUCCUGUCUAUAAUGACCCUCAUUUAUUUACAUACAUGUACAUGCUGAAAGUAUUUAGGGACAACUUAUCCAUGUUUUUAAAUGAAGUUUAUUGUUUAACUCUUGACUUUUGUUGUAAGAAAAUCAUUUUGCACAGAGCAUCAUUAAUUCAUUGAGAGGUGAGAACAUCAUGUUUUGAGUGGAUUUUUAUAACUUGUAUUUAUUCUCACCUUGUAUGAUCCAUUUCAAAUUUAUAUAAGAACCCUUUUGACAGAAUUGUAAGGGAUUGUUCUGUUGUAAUUAUUUGUCAAAGCUUGUGAUGUAUCUGCAAAUCCUUAACAUUCAUUCCCAUAUGGAUUUUUAUAGUGUUAAUUUUUACUUGUUUUGUUGUCAUAGAGAUAGCUUUUAUGUCCUUUUUAAUGCUGAACUUGCUCUGAAUCAUAUUUGUGUUCAACUUUUUACAUUGUUUAGUUUUUGAAAAUAAAACUAUGUAUCCGUAAA